AUGCUAGAAAAAUUUUCUGUAUUACAAUUUAUCUCUGGUACAUGGAAAAAGGAUAUUGAACAAUUAUGGCGUGAAUCUUACCGAUUAUAUAAUACUAUACGACAAUCACAACCUUCUGAUCAAGAAAUCGAUCAAUAUAAA